UAAGGAAAUAAGUUUACUAAGAGGACAGUUAAUGCAUUCUUGCACGCAGUUAGCGCUGUUUAGCUUUGUUAAGAUUACAGUCAAAAAUCGGGGCGCAUGGCGAAUCACAGAUAAAAUCACAUACAGGUGGAGACACAAAAGGAACUACCGCUGUCCUUUUCAUCGAUACAUUCUGUUAAGGGGUAUAAGAGGGGCCUGAUUCUGAAUAUCACUCCUGAAUGGAUAAGGAGGACCUCAGGACAUAGCACAAUCAUACAGGAACCAAAGACAACACUUGCGCUUCCAAUCCAUGCAACCAAACCAACUUUUAACGCGCGGAGAUUACUGCGAAAAACGCACGAAAAAGGGAACGCACAUUUUGCUUGGACAGGAACAACUUCACUAAAACUAUAGUAAGAAAUUCACAUAAAAGUUAAAAGGGAAAGUAAAGAGGCUUAUUGUGGAGGAAAACGUCUGGAACCUGAACCCUGGACUUCUGAGUAGCUGAUUUGCAAAGCAUUCUCCCAUGCGGUUGGAAGGCGCAAGAAUGGACUUAUUUAAAAAAAUAUGGACGGCUCGGAAACUCAUUCUCGUGGUCAUGAUCCCUUUAUUGUUACUGCCUCUGCCACUCAUCCACCCGUGCAGUGAAUCGUCUUGUGCAUAUGUCCUGAUAGUGACAGCGGUGUAUUGGGUAUCUGAAGCUGUGCCACUGGGUGCUGCUGCACUGGUGCCAGCUUUUCUGUACCCACUGUUUGGGGUCCUCAAAUCUAGUGAGGUGGCCUCAGAGUAUUUUAAGGACACAACUCUGUUGCUGAUGGGGGUCAUAUGUCUGGCUGCCUCCAUUGAGAAAUGGAGCCUGCAUAAGCGCAUCGCCCUCCGGAUGGUCAUGAUCGCUGGAGCAAAACCUGGCAUGCUGGUGUUGGGGUUCAUGUGCUGUACCGUAUUUCUCUCCAUGUGGUUGAGCAACACGUCCACCACGGCGAUGGUGAUGCCGAUCGCUGAAGCCGUACUACAACAACUGAUCUGCACCGGAAUUGCAGAUAGUCUUGAAGACUCGGUGACUGUGGAUACUACACAGGACGAGGAGAGCGACAAAGAGGAAAACCAAGAACUGAGCAAGAAUCAACUUGAGUUGAUGGACCGUAAAAUAAAUGAAAAACAUGAAGUCUGCAUGCUGAAUGAGGAGUUGAAUGGUCUAGUAUUAAUGCCUGGAUUCGGCCCAGAAUUUUCUAAACAAACAAAUGGAUAUCUACCAGAGGCUCCAGUCAGCAUUCCUGUGCCAAAGAAACCCAAAAUCCGCCGGGAUUCUCUGUACCCCACCAAGAGAGAUCACAUGAUCUGCAAAUGUCUAUCUCUCAGCAUCACGUACGCGGCCACCAUCGGUGGGCUCAUCACAAUAACCGGCACAUCCACCAACCUCAUCUUUGCUGAACAAUUCAACAAUCGUUACCCAGAGGCAAAGGUCAUCAAUUUUGGCACUUGGUUCAUCUUCAGCUUGCCGAUCGCUCUGAUUAUGCUGAUACUCACCUGGAUCUGGUUGCACUUUUUAUUUUUGGGAUGCAAUUUUAAAGAGACUUGUUCUCUCAGCAAGAAACGCAAAACCAGGCGUGAGAUUCUUUCUGAGAAACGCAUUCAUGAGGAGUAUCAGAAACUCGGCCCUAUCAGCUAUCCUGAAGUCGUGACGGGUGUCUUCUUUGUUCUGAUGACAAUACUGUGGUUCACCAGGGAACCGGGAUUUGUUCCCGGAUGGACAUCCCUGUUUGAGAAGAAGGGCUACAGGACCGAUGCCACAGUGUCGGUGCUGCUCGGCUUCCUCCUCUUCCUCAUCCCUGCUCGAAAGCCCUGGCCAUCUGCAGUCUCCAGUGAGAGCAAAGGUGAUGAGGAGGAUGAGGAGGAAGAGGAUCCAUUAGCACCAAUGAUCACAUGGAAAGACUUUCAGCGACUCAUGCCAUGGGAGAUUGUUAUUCUGGUUGGAGGGGGAUACGCGCUGGCUGCCGGAUGUAAGGUGUCAGGACUCUCCAUGUGGAUUGGUCGGCAGCUGGAGCCAAUGAGUGGUCUUCCUCCCUGGGCCGUCACGCUGUUGGCCUGCCUGCUUGUGUCCGCCGUCACAGAGUUCGCCAGCAACCCUGCAACACUUACAGUAUUUCUACCCAUCCUCUCCGCCUUGUCAGAGACUCUACAGAUCAAUCCUCUACACACUCUCAUACCCGCCACCAUGUGUGUGUCAUUCGGUGUCAUGCUGCCCGUUGGAAACCCACCAAACGCCAUUGUGUUCAGUUAUGGACACGUGCAGAUCAGCGACAUGGUAAAGGCUGGAUUUGGAGUGAAUCUGAUUGGAGUUUUUGUGGUCAUGUUGGCCAUAAUGACAUGGGGAGGGCCACUUUUCCAGCUGAAUGAGUUCCCCACCUGGGCGGUGAUGCGUAAUGUCACGGGCAGCUUGUAGCCGGCGGUGGACGGAAGAUGCAUACGUGUGUUUGACAUGUAGGGACUGAAGACACUGAAUAUACACUGAAGGAGGCACAUGCCUGUUACAGCAGCCUUAUUUUAUCGUCUGUGGAGUACAGAGUUAAGAAGACAGUAUCCGUAAUGCUUUGUGGGAAAAUGCAGAACUCACUGUGACUUAAGCUGGAAAUUUUAUUUUUACUCAUUCAGAUUAAAUGUUUCAUCUAUUACAUAUAAAAAGCUAUUGUGAAUGAAUGGCACAAUUAGUAGCAAAUAUUUAAAGUUACCAGCUUCUUUUCACUUAUAGAUCAGUGCUGCCUUAAAGUAUUAGGCUUAAAUUAACAUCUUUACAAAUGAACGCACAAGUUUGAGUGCCUACAUAGAACAAAAAAAGACAAAAUACAAUCAGCAAUGCAUGUUUCGUACCAACUGUAUGUAACACAUCUGUAUGCUUUAUUUUCUGAUGUCUAACAAAUGUUGAUACAUUUGCAUAAGUUACUUGAGCGUUUUGAGAGAGAUUAUGCAUUAGUUGCAACAGCUGUAUGAAAUCACACAGUAUUUAACAUGCUCUUACCAAAAUGUUACAUACUUUGUAUGGACUGGUUAUAGAAUAAUUGUUGAGUACAAAUCUACUGUUAUUCUUGCGAUCGUAAAUUUAAUAAACCUCUGUGCUUUUGAAAGGUGGCCGUCAAUCAAUGUACAUAUAGGAAACUAACAUUGUGUUAUUGUUGGCCGCCCAUUAGCCUAGUCAUGACCAAAUUAUUGUAAUAUGUUUUGCGAUCCAUUUGCAACAACCUUGUGUUUCACCUGACAUCUCUAAAACAAAAUAAAACACAGUAUUUUUUGGAUCAUGUAUUUAUUCUGCAUAUCAAAUAUCACAAUGAAGCUCCAAACAGCAGAAGUUCAUCAUAAAUAUACAGUAAUGUUUAUAUAUGAUGUGUCACUCAGGGUCAUAAAUAAGAUACAUUUUCAGUACUACUGCAGUAUGCAUAGUGGCUAUGCAUCCUUUUUUUUAUCUAUUGUCCAGUGUGUUAUCAUUCAAUUUGAUGCACAGACUGUCAGUCAGUUUCAGCUAUAAUUUUGGUGCUCCCUCUGUAGAUUCAUAUCACUCAUUUUGUAUUUUCUCCUUGUACUUCAAGAAGUCUUUUCGUUUAAUGACAUUGAAUUACAACAAUCAGUACAAACAUUGUAAUAUGGAACAGAGGACACUAGCCCAUUUAAAUGUAAACGCAAUAUUUACUUAAAUGGCUUAUAAUAUAUACGUGUUUGAAUUACAAAUCAAUGUAUUGCAUUGCUAAUUUUGAUCAUUAUUAUUUGAAGGUUUCAGCACAUACAAAUAAUCAAAUACAGCAGCGGUCCACCGGUAUAUCAGUUGCUGAUGCCGAUUUCCAGAGGCCAGGGCGACCGAUGGCAUAUACACUGGCAGCCAAAAGUUUGGAAUAAUGUACAGAUUUUGCUGUUUCGGAAGGAAAUUGGUACUUUAUUUCACCAAAGUGGCAUUCAACUGAUCAUAAAAUAUAGUCAGGACAUUACUGAUGUAAAAAAACAACAUCACGAUUUGAAAAAAGUCAUUUUGGAUCAAAUCUAGACAGCAGCCAUCACUCCAACACCUUAUCCUUGAGUAAUAAUGAUAAAUUGAUCAUUUGGUACUAGAAAAUCACUUGCCAUUAUAUCAAACACAGUUGAAAGAUAUUUGGUUCAUUAAAUGAAGCUUAACAUUGUCUUUGUGUUUGUUUUUGAGUUACCACAGUAUGCAAUAGACUGGCAUGUCUUAAGGUCAAUAUUAGGUCAAAAAUGGCGAAAAAGAAACAGCUUUCUCUAGAAACUCAUCAGUCAAUAAUUGAUUUGAGGGAUGAAGAUAUACAAUGCUUGAAAAGAUUUCAUACAAAGGUGUACACUACAGUCUUCAAAGACAAAGGACAACUGGCUCUAACAAGGACAGAAAGAGAUGUGGAAGACCAGAUGUACAACUAAACAAGAGGAUAAGUACAUCAGAGUCUCUAGUUUGAGAAAUAGACGCCUCACAUGUCCUCAGCUGACAGCUUCAUUGAAUUCUACCCGCUCAACACCAGUUUCAUGUACAACAGUAAAGAGAAGACUCAGGGGUGCAGGCCUUAUGGGAAGAAUUGCAAAGAAAAAGCCACUUUUGAAACAGAAAAACAAAAAGAAAAGGUUAGAGUGGGCAAAGAAACACAGACAUUGGACAACAGAUAAUUGGAAAAGAGUGUUCUGGAUCUUAACCCCAUUGAGCUUUUGUGGGAUCAGCUAGACUGUAAGGUGUGUGAGAAGUGCCCGACAAGACAGCCACAUCUAUGGCAAGUGCUACAGGAAGUGUGGGGUGAAAUGUCACCUGAGUAUCUGGACAAACUGACUGAUAGAAUGCCAAAGAUCUGCAAAGCUGUCAUUGCUGCACAUGGAGGAUUUUUGGAUGAGAACUCUUUGAAGUCGUUUAAGAAAAAAUGUCAAAUUGUAAUAGUAAUUUUUCGCAUUAUUAAUGUCCUGACUAUACAUUGUGAUCAGUUGAAUGCCACUUUGGUGAAUUAAAGUACCAAUUUCUUUCCAUAAGAGCAAAAUCUGUACAUUAUAUCAAACUUUUGGCCACCAGUGUAUAUUGCGAUAUUAGGCAACAUAAAACAAUUAAAUGAAAGAAAAUGUUAUGGUUGUAAUUUUGGUCAAAUUAAAUUAAUACUUAUUUUAAACGCUAUUCAAUCAAAUGUCAAAAUAAUACAAUUGUUUAUUAUUCAUUGCCUAUCGGCAGAUUUUGGAAAUGACACAAAAAGUUAGUUAAAGGUGCUGCAAGUGAUUUUAGCCAUUCUGAAUCUGGAACUUCCACCAGACUGAGCUGUUAAAUUAGACACGCCCCCUGUUUCCAAAACACCACCCCCAAAUAUAGUCACCAAACAGUAGAGCAGCUGUGUCUUCUCACAGUUGUCAAACACUACAGCAGCUAAAUAGCGCACUUCAGCUAACAACUGUUAUGAAUCUAAAUAUGACAAAUUAAAUCUGAAUGAUCCGCUUCAACUACUUCACUAUGAGUAUGUGCAAAAUGAUUGACAGGCAAUAAACAGAGCAAGUCUUCUGAUUGGCUGAUCAAAGAAUUUGUCUGCGGCCCGCGGUCACAUUUUUGUUUGCCGUUUACACAGUCUAGUGCUGUCGCAGAGACCGGUGAGAUAUCUCAGGACAGUUUUUUUCAGUGUUAUGUUAAGAAGAAAUCGCUUACAGCACCUUAUGUUCAGUAAGCUUAGUCAGAGAAUCUUUCUGAUUGGCUUAAUUUUCUAAUUGGCUAAAAAGGGGCGGCAGCUCCUCUGACAGACUUUUGUUUUUACAAAUUGUUUUGCCAUUUAGGCGUUUACAAUAUCUGUGAAUUCUGUCAGGUAGGGAUAUUUUUUGGUAGUAUUCCUAAAAAAACUGAUUGCAGCACCUUUAAAGGCAAUGAAAGCCUGUUUAUUCCCAAUAUCUUAACACUGUAUUAAACCAAAAACAUUAACUCUUGUAUUUGUACAUAUAUGUAUAUAUACACACAUACACAUAUACAUAUAUAAAUAUAUAUUUACUUUUUAUUUUUAUUCUAUUUUGUUAUUAUUAUCUCUGUCUUGUUGUUGUAUUGUUUGUGCACUGGAAGCUUCUGUCACCAAGACAAAUUCCUUGUAUGUGUAAGCAUACUUGGCAAUAAAGCUCAUUCUGAUUCUGAACUCACCCACUGGGCAGGACACUUGGCUUCAAAGUUUUGCUGGUAUUUUUCACAGGCAGAUAUGCUGUCUUGGUUGGCAUCUAAACAAUUCCAGAGCUCAUCUCUCGCUCCCCAGCAAGCUCUUCGUUCACUGGCAUUAAGAGCACUCAUCUCUCUUCAAUCUAUGUGCA